AUGACUGACGAGUUGCAUCCAUUGCAGUACCAAGUUCUGGGGCAGGUUAGAAUAUGAUAACAUAUUAUGCACAAUCUCGCAACUGUUGCAAUAUUAAUAUUAUAUUUGUAGGAUUUUGUUGUUGAUCUAUUACUGAUGCAUGAUGUUUUUCAACCGGUUGCGAAAGUGAUGACAUUGCUGCAAAGUAUUUCUCUUCCACCUUGGAAAACGUACCCAUAUGCUCAGAAAUUGGCGAAAUGGUUGCUUGAUGCCUCCAUGGAAUGUCAUGAAUUUGGAACGAAAAUAUUGAGGUGUUAUACGUUAUUCCUAAAUCCUAACCUAUUUCGCGAACGCAUUUUAUUUUAG